ACACAGAGAGAGGGAGGACCAGCAGAGACAAACCAAAACAUCAGGAAAGGGAAAAUAGAGGAGAACAAAAUGAGAUAUGGAGAGUAGUGACAGACCAUGAGACUGGUUGAUUUCUUUGGUUACAUUGUGUCUAAACCCAUUAAGCUAAAUACAAAUUACCCAGAGGUCAGACAGUCACUGUGCUGCAAAAGGAAGGAAAUACCAAAUGCUUGAAAAUCUAAAUGUUCCCUUCUGUUUGCCUGCAGUCUGUCAUUACUGUGGCUGUCUUGUCCAGAUGUUACCCACCAUUAGGAAAUAAUGUAAUGAAAAGAAUUCUCCAAGUGCAAAAAGAGGCUCUGCUGAAGUAACAAAUGAAGACAAAUGAUGAUCUGCAGAUUAAAUACCAGGAUAUGCAACCUCCUCAUGUUACUAUCAGACUGCAAACAUGAGAGCAACAUCCACAUGGAUCCCAGUUACAGCCACGACAAUUUGCCUCUGGCUGAGAACAAUGAGAAAAGGUCUAUCAAGACAUUUUUGGAUUUUAGGCACCCGAAUGUGUCUGAAAAUCCGGAUGGUAAGUGGGUUUCCCUGACGUCAUUGAUGUAUCUGCGGCGCAUCUUAAACGUCAGAGUGUUUAGCUUCCUGAUGGGCCUGACAGUGACGUUCGUGAUUGUGGCUUCCUAUGUCCUGAUGUGGAACAAUAAAGGACUUUUGUUCACCCCUUCACCCGAUCACUUCCGACUCGGGGUUGUGCUGUCCAGCAAAGCAGCAGCAGAAGAUUCCUCUGAAAAGAAUUUACUAGACAUGAAUCUGGUGGUGAAGAUCAUUAGCUCCAAACUGGAAUACAAACCCAGGAAGGUGCCUGAUGAAAAGGAUGUAACUAAAACCGACUCCCAUUUGUUCUCUGUAAUUCCUCGCCAUUUCCUGCCUGGCAUCAAGAGCCCUUGCUGGUAUGAGGAGUUCUCUGGCAGGCUCAACACUGAUCCAUACAAGAGGAAUCUGUAUUCUCUGCGUUCAAAUAGCUUCAGCAUCACAUGUGAAAGCCUGAGGGCCAGCUUUCGUGAGCACUUACAGCACAGAGAUGGCAAACUGUUUCGUCUGCGCUGCUUGCCAUUCUUCUACAUCAUUGGCCAACCAAAGUGUGGCACAACCGACCUGUUCCACAGGCUGCUGUCACAUCCAGAGGUCAAGUUCAACACAGUGAAGGAGCCGCACUGGUGGACCAGAAAACGCUUCGGUUAUAUUCGUUUCAGAGAUGGCAUGCAGGAAAAGUUUACUGUGAAAGAUUACCUGGAUCUCUUUGACUGGGCAGCCUUCAACAUCCAAAGAGCAAUCAGUGGAAAUUCAUCUGGAGACCACCCGUCGCUCCAGUUCACAACAGGUGAAGCCAGUGCAUCCACCAUGUGGGACAACCAGUUCUGGAGCUAUCUUCACCCAGAGGAGACAGAGACAGAGCCCCCAUUCCUGGCCCAGGACUUCAUCCAUGCAGUCCAGCCUGGAGCCAAAAUCAUCAUCAUGCUUAGAGAUCCAGUAGAGAGGCUUUACUCUGACUACCUCUACUUUAAGACAGUCAACAAGUCAGCAGAGGACUUCCAUAAGAAGGUCGUCGAGUCUGUACAGUUGUUUCAGUUCUGCCUGUCUGAGAGGUCACUUCGUUCGUGCGUCUACAGCAGCAGCCUCUUCAACACCAUGCAGGUGAGGCUGACUCUGGGAAUGUACAUCGUCUUCUUAUUGGACUGGCUGACUGUUUUCCACAGGGAGCAGAUUCUGGUUCUUCGACUAGAGGACUACUCAGCCAACCUUAAAGAGACAAUCAAGAAAGUUUUUGACUUUCUAAGUUUAGGUCCUCUGUCGGAGAAGGCGCAAGCAGCACUGACUGAUGUGCCCAUGUCUAACACCCGGCGGGUGCAAGACAGGGACCUGGGUCCUAUGCUUCCAGCCACCAGAGACCUCCUCAGGAAAUUCCACCAGCCCUUCAACCGUAAACUGGCCAUUUUAUUGAACAACAAGGCGUUCCUCUGGAGUAACACCUGAAGAGGCUUGAGCAGGGACGACAUGUGGAUGGAUGUGAAUAAACAAGAGCAAGAAGUUAAGGCAGGAAUUGUCUGUCGAUAGAAAUUAUUUUACAGUGCGAAUCACAUGUUCAUAGUUGGAUAUGGAAUAUAUGAAGCUCUGAUUAGGUGUUGGGGUUUGGGAUAUUUAUUUGAUUUUGGAAGAAUCCAUGUGACUACUUAAAUCAAGAUUAUGAUGAUAAUAAUAAGAUAAAUUGAUUUUGUGAGUUGUUUUAGAGUUGAUGAAUAAGCCCAGAUGAUACACUGAUACAGUCACUUAAAAUUUAUUCAUUUACACCCCUGGAUAGUUUUCACUUCAUUUAUGGCUCAAAAGACAACUUUGAACUGUUUUUAUGUAUAGAUUUUAUAUAUAGAAAAAUCCCAUGUGCCAUUUUUAUUUCCAAUUUCCCCACAUUAUUAGCCCGAAAGAUGCACAAGAAAAAAAGUAUAUGUGCAAUAUUAUACACUGUAUGGACAAAAGUUUUAGAACACCUGACCAUUACACCCACAGGGACUUUAAUAACAUCGCAAUCCAAAUACACGGACAGCUUUGCAGCUAUAGCAGCUUCCGCUCUUCUGUGAAGGCUUUCCACAACAUGUUGGAGUGUUUCUGUGGGAAUUUUUGCCCAUUCAUGCAGUAGAGCAUUUGAGAGGUCAGACACUGAUAUUGUACGAAAAAGCCUGGCUUUGUCUUUGUUUCUUUAUGGACCUUGAUUUGUGCACUGAGACGCAGUCAUGCUAGGAUAGAAAAGGACCUUCCCCAAACUGCUGCUACAAAUUUGGAAGCAUAGCAUUGUCCAAAAUGUCUUGGUAUGCUGAAGCAUUAAGAUUUCCUUUCACUGGAAGCAAGGGGCCGAGCACAAAUCUUGAAAAACAGCCCCACUCCACACUUGAAUUCAAUAAUACUCUUUAUUAAAAAGUGUGCCCCAUUACUUCUGUCUGUACAAUGUACCGGUAGAUUUCAGAGAUUUUUUGAGAAAGUAACACAGCCCUCCCUUGAAAGGGCUAAUUAUGAAUAUUAUUACUACUGCUUUUAAACCUCAAUGACCAGACAAUCAGUACAAACUAACAGUGAAAACUGUUUAAACACAACUUGGCUUUAAAACAUACCAUAAAUCCUGAAGUAGUACCGAAAUGAUUAGUUCAUUAUCAGUUGACAACUUAAGUCAUUGAAGGAUUUGACAGAAUGUAAAAUGAAUAUCUUUGGGUUUUGGUUGUACUAAAGAUGCAGUUCAGGGAUGUGGCCUUGGGUUCUUGUGUAUUUUCUGAAAUAAAUAAGCGGGAAAAGCUGGAUGGUAAGGAGUUAAAAACAUACAAACAUGGUAAUGCAGAGUACAGGAGAUUUUGUGGAAACUGUCGUUUGAGUGACAUCACAUUCGUGUUGUGGGAUUUAUCACAAGAGGGCACUAAAACACAGCUCAGAGAGCCAGCAACUCGAACAUUAUGUUCUACAGACCUGCUAUUACUGCAGUAUUUCACAACAGACAGGAAACAAUACAGGCCAACACAGUCAUGGUUGUUUAAGUCUCUCCAUACAUAAUUACAUAUCAUGUCUUCCUUUCUGAGUUACGAGGAUUUCAAAUAGCUGUGGGCUCAUGACGACACGUCAUCACAUAGCUUUGUCAUUGCAAUAAUAAAGCAUAAAGAUUCUUUAUGGUACAUUAAUUAAACCAAAUACAGUAUAACCGAACUAAAAGGAUGGAAUUCAAGGGAGUGAGAGCAUUUAGUCAGACCAGACGAGACAAAGUCCCCCCCAUGACUCAACUCCACCUUCCAGGCAUCCGACUGAACCUGACAAUCAAAUUCCUUCAGGUGAUCACGACGAUUAUAUAUACUUAUAAUCAGUCUCCAAUGCAUACACAGAAAUUCACAGAGAAAUAUAAACUUUUGUCAACAGUUCAAUACAUAAAACACAGUAUACCUGUAUGUUACCCACAGUAAUACACAUACACUGUCAGACUGAUGAGGAUACAAUGUGGAAAAGUCAUACUGACUAAAGACUUAUUUUGUGUGCAGGAACAAAGCCAGUAGGGGCAAAACAAACAGCCUGACUGCAUUUUUGGCCUUAAUCCAUAAACUCAUUUCUGUGCGGUUUAGGUUUUUCUAUCAUAUGAUAAUAUAUUGAUAAAUGAAAUUGUAACUGGUUUGAAAACUCUGCAGUUAUGAUUGUCAUAAUGGGCCGAUUCUUAUUGUUGUUAUUCCUUGCAAUGAAUUAACUAAGAAGUUAAUGAAGAUGGGAAGUGUGUUAGUGAGUAUAAGCAGCACGUGCGUGCAUGUGUGUGUGUGUGUCUGUGCGUGUGUGUGAAUAAUGCAGUGUGAGUUGUUGUGAGGCUGGUGCUUGUCCUACAGGGGUGCUGGGCCCAGCUGCUCCACACAACACUGAUAAAUUCCCACAUCAUCAGACUGUGCAGGGGGCUCCACUGUGACUUAUUUUAUUUUUUUACUUUUUAUUUUAUUUGACAGUAGAAUGAAGGGGGUUGCAAUGCAGUUCUAUAAUAAAGAGAGGGACAAUAAAAC